CAGGGAACCCACAGGAGGCGAGGGAAUCGUCCGGAAAUCCGGGAAGGAUCCUGGAGCAAAAGGCCGGCUGACUUUUCGGCAGCGGACCAGCGUCCCGAGGAAGGGCCGCAGACACCUCCCAGAAGCACACAGCGGCGUGAGGGGCGGGCUCCUCCGGCGGAAGCUGUAUCCAGCAUGCUUCAAGGUUACAGCUCUGUUUCCCAGGCCUUGCUGGGGACCUUCUUCACCUGGGCAAUGACAGCGGCGGGAGCGGCUCUCGUGUUCAUAUUCUCCAGUGGGCAGAGGCGGAUCUUAGAUGGAAGCCUGGGUUUUGCUGCAGGGGUCAUGUUAGCGGCUUCCUAUUGGUCACUGCUCGCACCAGCGGUUGAGAUGGCCACCUCCUCAGGGGGCUUUGGUGCCUUCGCCUUCUUCCCAGUGGCCGUUGGCUUCACCCUGGGAGCUGCUUUUGUCUACCUGGCUGACCUCCUGAUGCCCCACCUGGGUGCUGGAGAAGACCCCCAGACGGCCCUGGCGCUGAACUUGGACCCUGCAUUGGUGAAGAAGUCUGAUGCCAAGGACCCCGCCUCGCUGCUCUUCCCGGAGAGGGAACUUUCCAUCCGGAUAGGUAGCACUGUGCUUCUUUCAGACAAGCGUGAGAAUGGCGAGGUGUACCAGAGGAAGAAGCUGGCAGCUACCGACUUCCCAGAGGGCGCGGCCCCCUCAGGACCUGUGCACGGGAACUCAGGGCAACCCGGGGUGAGCAGCUGGAGGAGAAUUGCUCUGCUCAUCCUGGCCAUCACCAUACACAACAUUCCAGAGGGUCUCGCUGUCGGUGUAGGGUUUGGAGCAGUAGAAAAGACUGCAUCUGCCACCUUCGAGAGUGCCAGGAAUCUGGCCAUUGGAAUUGGGAUUCAAAAUUUCCCAGAGGGCCUGGCUGUCAGCCUUCCUCUUCGUGGAGCAGGCUUCUCUACCUGGAAAGCUUUCUGGUAUGGACAGCUGAGCGGCAUGGUGGAGCCCUUGGCUGGGGUCUUUGGAGCGUUUGCGGUGGUGCUGGCUGAGCCCAUCCUGCCCUACGCGCUGGCCUUUGCCGCUGGUGCCAUGGUCUACGUGGUCAUGGACGACAUCAUCCCUGAAGCCCAGAUCAGUGGCAACGGGAAACUGGCAUCCUGGGCCUCCAUCCUGGGAUUUGUGGUGAUGAUGUCCCUUGACGUGGGCCUCGGCUAGCUCUGAGAACCUUGGGACCCCAUGAAGGAAAGCACCAGACUUCUGCAGGACCAUGAGCCUCUCUUCACAUUAAAACCCCAUUCCUUUCUCCCCUCCGUCUCCUUACCCCAGAUCAGCUCUGAUUACAUUUUUUUGACUUUCCGUUUUGCUUUGGAGGGAGAAGCUGGUUUUCUUUGUAAAUCUCAAGGUGUCAUAGAACUGUAGAUUUGUGUUUCGGCCACUGAAUGGAAGGAAAUUUUCUUCAGUGGGUAACCCCUACUGUCCCACCUCCGGUCUCCCUUUCUAGACUCAACUUCAACACCUCAGGGUCACCUCCAGAAGUCAGCUCCUGGGAUACAAGCUCUGAGCAUGUUGGCCUAAGGUUUUGGAGCAGGUUGCCAGGGCCCCCAGUGCUCCUUCUCCAUGGACCCUCUGUCCACCUAGGAUGCCGGGACAGAAGCAAUAGGAACACAGAAACCUGCUUUCCAAGGCUGAACCAGCGUAACAGGGUCUGCUUCCUCCAGGGAGGCACGCACAGGAAGGCCCACACACCGAGGGCAGGAAGUCAGCUGGUCUCUCUCCUAAAGAUGGGCAUUGCUGAAGUUAGAGAAAUAUGGAAAUGAGGGUGACCAUGAACAUGCAGCGCUCUGUGAAGAGUGCCGUGAGUAGGUUUUAAGCUGAGCCCUCUCCCCCCCACGUCCCCGCUCUUUGUAGAGGACAAGAGCAGGCACUUAGUCCUGGCUCCCAGGUCUCCUAGCUAUUAAUCUUGAUGUGUUUAUAGCCUUUGUUUUCCUGAGAGACUUGUGGAUACCAGCAAAUUGCAAAUACACAACCCCCUCAUUGACUCACGGAGUUACUUAAGUCAACUCUAGGGAAUGACAUUCAGAGCCCGACAAGGCUUCUUCUCCGCUGGCCCUUUGGAAGCUUACAAGCCAGAGCCGCUGAGCUUCUACAGAAGCUUUGAGGGAAUCUGGCCAGCGGGCUUCUAGUGGGGAAGGAAAGGGGAGGAAGAAGAGGUAUUUUUUACAUUUCCUUAGAAAACUCAAAACUCUGAGAUGAUCCUGAAGAAUGACUGGACCUUGACUACAUGCUAACCUGCUCCAUCAUACAUGUCGCUUCACCAUCCGCCCUCCCAACGCAUCAGCCCCAAGCCCUCCCUGGCUGGGGAGUGUGUGGGACUCAGAGAAAAGGCUUCACCCGGGAGCCAGGCACUUGGGUACUGGGUUCUCAGUAUCUGCCCUCUGUGUUUACAUGUUCCGUCCAUCCAUGGAUGGAUACUGUAGUCUGUGAAUGCUCAAGAUCCCAGAGGCCAACCUCGGCCGGAUGUGUUUGUUCUUCUGAAAGCACUUGACGAUCAAAAAGACACAUCCAGAGAUCUGAUUGGUUGAGGUUAGCUGGUUUGGUGAUUGGCACGUGUGUGUAUAUUUCUAUCCUUACGUCUCCGUGUGUCGUUCUGUUGCUGCAAAUCAUCCUUUCUGUUGGAUAAGACCUCGUAACUGUGAUUCAUGUCAAUAAAGGGAAUUUUGUCGUGCA